AUGCAGGUCAGACUCACCGAGCAAGAGGACAAGAUAUGCACACUGCUAGACGAGUGCACAGCCUACAUCAAGGAGACGGAAGGGUCGCAAACCUCAUGUCGAAUCGCCGGAGGGUGGGUCCGGGAUAAGCUGCUAGGCUUGGACAGCAACGACAUAGACGUUGCGCUCAGCGACAUGAUGGGCGUCACAUUCGCGACCCAUUUCGUCCACUUCUGUUCAAAUGUGAAGGGACUGCAGGUGAAGGAAGUAGCGAAGAUAUCAAGCAACCCGGAGCAGUCAAAACACCUCGAGACGGCCAGGACCACAGUUCUCGAGUAUUCUGAGGACAGCCGGAUACCAACGCGAAUAACAUAUGGGACACCUCUGCAGGAUGCGCUGAGACGAGACAUCACAAUCAAUGCUCUGUUUUACAAUGUACACACGAGGACUGUAGAAGACCACACCGGCAAGGGUCUCGUGGACCUGAAGCAAGGCUUCAUACGGACGCCUCUUGACCCUCUGGAGACGUUCAGAGACGACCCUCUGAGAGUUCUCCGAAGCAUACGCUUCGGCGCCCGAUUCGGCUUUGACGUCGAUCGAAAGCUGAAGAAAGCAGCUCGUGAAGCUGAGAUUCAGGAAGCACUGGGGCUCAAAAUUAGCAAGGAACGCAUUGGCCAUGAAUCAGCUCAUGUUGAACAUAUAGCCCGCGACCCACUCCGAGCACUCGACCUUCUCCUUGAGUUGUCCCUGUACUCGACCGUAUUCCAGGCACCACAGUCAGCGGCGUCUUCCCAGUCUCUUGAGCCUGUGAACCACGCUUUAGCGGCUGGUUCAAUAUUCAGGGCCCUAUGCAAUCCCGACCAUUCACCAAACCUGACUCCGGUACAUGCUACCCUUGUGGAUCCGUUCGAGAAGAACAUGGCUCUCCGCGGACGGCUUUACCUUGCAUGCGCGCUGACCCCCUACCGUGACAUCACCUACACCGACGCCAGCGGCAAGCACCAUCCUGCAAGUGAGAUCGUCAUUCACGAGAGCCUGAAGCUUGGUGCCCAGCACCACUAUCUGGAUGGCGUUCCAUGGUUGUUCAGAGCCUGGAAGGCUAUCGCUCCGGCGGUGGCCGACCUGGCACAAGGGCAAUCUCCUGACGACAGGCGAAAGAUUGGUGUGUUCUUACGGCAACGGACCAUCCACAGCCCACCGGUGAUUCAGUGGGAGAUAUCGCUCUUGUUCUCCCUCGUGCAAGACCUCUUGCCUUUUUGGAAUCCCUACACAAAUCUUCUUGACGAGACUAAGGCUUCGGAACGUAUAGCUGUGUAUAAUGCCCUGGUGACGAAGGUAGAAGCGCUGGGUCUGACCGCUAUGGUUGACGCCAAACCGAUGCUCAACGGCCGGGAGGUUCUUGGGGCGCUGAAUGCACCCCCGGGUCCUUGGGUUGCCCCCGUACUGAGUUCCGUGAUGGAAUGGCAGUUAGAUCAUCCGGAGGGCACCAAGGAUGAGUGCCUCGAAUGGUUGAAAGCGGAGCAUGCGGCGGGAAACAUCGAUAUGUCUGUGCCGGCUAAGCCCCAGUUCAAGCGGGCUUCGCAGUCAGUUGUGGAGGAGCAUGCCGCCGUCAAAAGGGCGAAGCCGACAUGA